UCGACCCUCAACCUGAUGCAGGCUCUGGAGCAACAUGCUUCUCUUUUCAAAGACUUCAUGUGUAGCAGUGAGAUAACGCUGACCUCCCAAACAGUUGAAAAUCUGUUCGAGUUUCACCUAAGUGCACCAGGGAGCACCCGACGCCAAGACGAAACCCGAGUCUUGGGAUUCUGGAUAGACUAUCUCAUUGAGAUACAAGGCAGCGAAAUCGGUCCUUCCUUGGCGGACCUCCUAAUGUUCGCCACAGGGCUCAAGUCCCUCCCCCCAGCUGGACUGAAUCCCAAACCUCAGCUGGUCUUCAAUUGGACGUCCCGGUUCCCCCAAGGCCGCACCUGUGCCAACACCAUUGAGAUUCCUAUUUUGCAGACUUAUGAGAUGUUUCAGGACAGCAUGAGCUUUGGAAUCCAAAACUGCCCUGGCUUUGGCAUGUACUAG